GAGGGACGGCGGAAGAUGCUGUGCCUCAUGGUAGCCUUCCUUCACCAGUUGCUGCUGGUGCUGGUGCUGUGCAGCCGGGGCACGGAGAGGUGUCCUUCAGCCUUCUGCGAGUGCUCUGACUGGGAGGACUACAAAAUCACUUGCAGGGACAUCUACUUUAUUCCCAGCCUCCCGGAGGACACCCAGACCCUGAGAUUUUUGGAGACUCAUCUAAGAAAAAUUCCAAGUGAUGCUUUUUCCAAUCUCCCCAACAUCUCUAGGAUUUACAUCUCUAUAGAUGAAACACUUCAGAGUCUGGAGGCCCAUUCCUUCAACAGUUUAAGCAAAGUCACUCACAUUGAAAUUCGAAAUCUUAGGAACUUGGAUUACAUAGAUCCAGAUGCCUUUAAAAACCUCCCACUUUUGAAAUACCUUGGUAUUUUUAAUACUGGACUCAAAGUAUUUCCAGACCUCAACAAAAUCUAUUCAUUUGAUGUGAAUUUUUUGCUUGAAAUUGCAGAUAAUCCUUAUAUGACUUCAGUGCCUGCAAAUGCUUUCCAUGGGCUUUGUAAUGAAUCUCUAACCCUAAAACUCUACAAUAAUGGUUUUACCAGUAUUCAAGGCCAUGCUUUUAAUGGGACAAAUCUGGAUGCUAUCUAUCUGCACAAGAACAAAUACCUCAAAGUUAUCAAUGAUGAUGCAUUUCUGGGAGUGUACAGUGGACCAACUCUACUGGACGUCUCCAGAACAGCUGUUGCCAACCUGCCAGCCAAAGGAUUGGAAAGCCUGAAAGAACUAAUGGCCAAAAAUACGUGGACUUUAAAGAAAUUACCAGCUGUAAAGGUAUUUCUUCAGCUAAUGCGAGCUGACCUAUCAUACCCAAGUCACUGCUGUGCUUUCAAGAGCUGGAAAAAAAAAAGUGGGAUCCUGGAGUACCUGAUGUGUAACCAGAGCAGCCACAGCUUUCAGAAGAGAUCAGUCAAGACUCUCAGAGACCCAUUUUACAAAGAUUAUGCAGAAGAAUACACAGACCACACCAACGCUGUGUAUGACACAAACACCAAGUUCACAAGUUUUCAUGAAAAUCCCCAUUAUUACAUUUUUUUGGAGGAGCAUGGAGAUGGAAAUCUUGGCUUUGGCAAAGAGCUCAAGAACCCUCAAAUGGAAGAUGUGCAGACCUUUGACAGUCAUUAUGACUAUCCUGUCUGUGGAGGCAAUGAAGACGUAAUAUGCACGCCAGAGCCUGAUGAGUUUAAUCCCUGUGAAGAUAUAAUGGGAUAUCAGUUUCUGAGGAUUGCGGUGUGGUUUGUGAACCUGCUUGCCAUCCUAGGCAACAGUUUUGUUCUUUUCAUCCUUCUCACCAGUCAUUAUAAACUGACUGUACCUCGCUUUUUGAUGUGUAACUUGGCCUUUGCUGACUUUUGCAUGGGGCUGUACCUCCUCCUGAUUGCUUCAGUGGAUCUCUACACCAGGUCAGAGUACUACAACCACGCCAUAGAGUGGCAGACGGGGCCUGGCUGCAACACAGCUGGGUUCUUCACGGUGUUUGCCAGCGAGCUGUCUGUGUACACCCUGACCGUCAUCACCCUGGAGCGCUGGUACGCCAUCACCUUCGCCAUGCGGCCCGACCGCAAGAUCCGCCUGCGGCACGCCGUGCUCGUCAUGCUGGCAGGGUGGCUCUCCUGCAUCCUGCUCGCCCUCCUGCCACUGCUCGGAGUCAGCAGCUACAGCAAAGUCAGCAUCUGCUUGCCCAUGGACACGGAAACGCCAGUGGCUGAAGCCUACAUUGUGUUUGUUUUAAUAUGUAACAUUAUUGCUUUCAUCAUCAUUUGUGCCUGCUACAUAAAAAUCUACGUAACUGUGAGAAACCCCCAGUACAAGUCAGGGGACAAAGACACCAAAAUUGCCAAGAGGAUGGCUGUGUUGAUUUUCACAGACUUUCUGUGCAUGGCUCCCAUCUCUUUCCAUGCUCUAUCUGCCAUUAUGAACAAACCGCUGAUAACUGUCUCCAAUUCCAAGAUUUUGCUGGUACUUUUCUACCCGCUCAAUUCUUGUGCCAACCCCUUCCUUUACGCUAUUUUCACCAAAGCUUUCCGCAGAGAUGUGUUCAUCCUGCUAAGCAAGUUUGGCAUAUGUGAGCAUCAGGCUCAAGUCUACAGAGGUCAGACAGUCUCAGCCAAAAACAGCAGUGGGUCUUAUGGGCAGAGAAUCAGCCGAGGGAUAGGUCAGGCUCUUACAAGCAUUCAAGACCCAGUAAAUGAUUACCUUCCCGCUGUGACGAUGCAGAACCAAAUUCUCAUAGAAGAAUGCAAGCAAACUGAGCUCUAACAUCUCAAAGUAUCACAGCCAAAACCUGGGCAAGAGGUGAUUGUGCAUAUGUGAAUCAAGCGAAAAGAUAAUAUUGUCCAUAUCCUUUUCCCCUAGGUUAUGCUUUGCUAUAGCUGAAAGUACCUCUGGAGUGGUCUUCUUUCAGACAAACCACUUAUUUGAAACUCUUAUCAGUGCAGGGCAAAGCACAUGGUCCUGAUGAUAAUUCUAGAAGUAGAUGUGAAUGCUCUAUAGGAAAAUUUUAUAUAUAUAAAUAU